AUGACCAUUCCUCUACAGCGCUUCAUCCCGCUUUUGGUAUUGGGACUUUGGUGCCACACCGCCUUCGGCCAAGUCCUCAACACCGGCGCUUGUUGGAUUCGUCCGACCGGUUGUAUUCUGAAUUGUGCUAGUGGAUUUUCGUGGGGCUUCGGUGGGCAUUGCUUGUGCCUUUGCUACGUGAACCCGUGCACGGUAAGUAAGGAUUGUAAUGAUCAAUUUGUUUUCAGAAUUACCCAUGCUUGCCAGGUCAAGUUUGUGUGGUUAAAAGUGGAUUCCCACAAUGUAUAAAUGGAGGUAACCAUUUUUAUUUUUAGUGCUUUUUUUAUUUUUUGAAUUCUUUUAAAGUUCGCUUUAUUGUACUUCUUUAAUAAUCACCGUUAUGCAAAUUUCAGCCGUGUCGGGCAUUGAAGUGCCGCGUACCACUCCCUUGAUCUCCCACCACCACCAGACCAAUCUGAUCGGGGAAUGUCCCCUCCUCAGAGGUGGUGAUUGUUCCCAGAAUUGUAAAACUGAUCACGAUUGUCCAAAUGACUUCAAAUGUUGCCACAAUGGCUGUGGAAUGGAAUGUGUACAACCAGUGGAAGUGGCCCCAGUGAAGGCGGCAUUGCCCAUUCUUCCGAUCUCGGGCUCUUCGAGUAAGACAAACACAACAUUGAAGGAAUUUUAAUAAUUGCAGAGUCGACCAAAGUCUCCUCGAAGUGGUGUGAUCACUUCGCGAAGUACGUAAAUAAACUGCCAAACAAGUAUUUGAAUAACGGUCACGUGCCCGAUUGCAAUGUCAAUGGAGAUUUUGAAGCAGUUCAGUGUGACACAGUAGGUUUUUGAAUAAAUCCUUAUAUAAAAUACUAAAAAAUGUAAAAGAAACCUUUUUUUGAAUCAUUUGUAGCUUCCUUGUAGACCUCUGAUGCUAAGAUACAUUUCAAUUACCUAAAUUUACUUAAAACAAUAAUAAAUUGUCAUUUCAGCAGUCCUGUUGGUGUGUCGACGUCUUCAGCGGCAUCGAGCUUCUGGGAACAAAGCAGAACAAAUAUAAGCGGAACGAAAUGAACUGUCAAGGUAAGGCGCUUAAUGCAAAUUAAGUAUUCUUUCAGAUAAUACUCGUUGCGAACAACUUUGCGAGGAUCAAAGUUGUCUUUACGGCUUAGAAACCGACUUCAGAGGAUGUCCUGUAGCAGGCUGUAAAUGCAAAAACAUCUGUGACGGUGUUCGGUAAGAAUUAUUGAAACAUAUAAAACAAGAAUUGAUGUAAAAAUGUAUAACAUCCGUUGCAAAACAGCAACAUAAAAAACAUUAUCUGAAUUUGAGGUUUUACUCAUGAAUGAUAUAAGAAAACAAACAGAAAAACAUAAUGAAGUUUCCACAAUGUAUUUAUUUUACAAUACAGUAAUGUAUAUUUUAAUUCAUUCUUGAGGGAUACCUUUUUCUCAAAAGCACGUUUUUGGAUACAUUAAACCUGCAUCAAAUCAAAAUUUAAACAACCAAACCAAAAAUUUUUCAGAUGCCAAGAUAGUGUUAGCGAGUGUCAACUUAAAGAAUCUAAAUGUAAAAACUGUCCUCCAGUCCCAAUCUGUAAGUUUUUGUACCCUAUUUAAUAUUCCUUACCUUUCUAUUACCUAAAACAAAUAAAAACUUACAGGUUUGAUCAAUCCGUGUCCUCACGGUCUCAGAAAGCUGGAAAAGGGAGUAACAGCCUUGUGUAUUACCGACAAACAUUGUGGUAAAGGCUUUUGGUGUAAUCCGGUAAGGGACAAGAUUUUGUUUUGUGACACUUCGUUUCAUUUAGAAAAUCUGUCGUUUCGACGGAUUUUAUAGAAGACAAAAUUUUGUUUUCAAGGUUUUUUACUUUUUUUUUUAUUUUUAAAGUUCAAAUGUGUUCAUUGUAAAAGCGUUCUUUUAUAAUUAAAAAAAAGUAACAUUUUAUUCUAUUUUGGUAUAUUAUACUAGUGUUCCGACCCAUUUAAGUUGAAAGUACAAGUUUUGAAAAGUUUGUAAAAUAAUAUAAUUAAGUCACAGCUGGAUGAUCUUGUUUAUUGUAGGUUGGUUUUGGUGGGAAUGGCUUUUGUUGUUCCGAUCCCGAGUCAGCGCGGAGGUCGGGCGAGUGCAAGAAUGUCGGGAUUCAGGAAACUCGAUGCAAAUCCGAAUGCAAAGCAGAUUCCGACUGUGCCGAUGCGGAAAAGUGCUGUUUCAGCGGGUGCGGAUUGAAAUGCACAAGUCAUUUUAAUAAUAAUGCUGUUCAAGUGCGAACACACAAGAAACAUGACAACAAAUGUAAGCAAUCACAAUAUACGAAAAACAUCUUUUAGGUUUGAUCAUAACUUCUUUCAAAAAGCAAGAUAAAAAUUCUUUUUUUGUUUUUUUAUUAACAAGUACAAUCUCAAAAAAUAUUUUUACAGACCUGUUCAUAAACUUGUCACAAUGUCCAUUACCAUCAAAGGAACGAUCAUCUACAGUAUGUUCCACUGAAUGUGAGACCGACAAUGAUUGUAAAGGUAUGAAGAGAUGUUGUGUUGAUGGCUGUUCAAAAAAGUGUACGUAUCCGAGCAAGACGACAUCUUGUCUCCACUCUGCCAUAACCUCAGAACUCUUCUCUACUAUAAUAUUGCCCGAAUGCUCAAUCGAUGGAUACUUCCAGCCAAUUCAGUGUAAUAGGAACUUUUGUUAUUGUGUGAACAGAGUAACUGGGAUAGCCGUGCCUGGUACUCUGGUACCAAAGAAUAGAACUCCGAACUGUAAUCGACCGAGAAGUUGUGUGAGGCAAGAGUGCGACUGUCAGUUUGGGUCAGAACUGGAUGAAGAUGGGUGUGAAACUUGUGAAUGCAUCAAUCCUUGUAAGGAUGUGGUGUGUCCGAUUGGCAAUGUGUGUAUUAUGGCUGAUGUGGAGUGUCUGUCAUCUUCUUGUCUUCAACAACCUAGGUGUAGGUCAUUUUAUAUUGUUGUUAUAUUCUAUAAGGGUUAUUAUUGACAUGCUAUCAAUAACCAUAAGGUGGAUUUAUUGUAGUAAUUUGUUAAAUUUAAAUUUAGGUGUGCCAAAUGUAUGUUCAGGAAAGCCGGAGAUAUCUAUAGAAGGUUUCGUAAAGUCGUGUAACAGAGAAUGUUCUUCUGGCUACACCUGCAAUAAUGUUGGAUUUCCCGGUCAAGGAGGUAUAUGUUGUUCAGAAAGGAAUCAACCAGUCAAGAGAUUUGGUAAAUGUUUAAAAGAAUCGGUCGAUUUGUCUCCAUACAGCCAUUGUCAUGUGGAAUGUAGGUCUGACGAUGAAUGUAAACUAAAUCAGAAGUGUUGUUUUACUGGAUGUGGAUUGAAGUGUCGAGAAGUCGAUCAGGGUCAGAUGCUGACUCCAGAAGUCUCAAAGAGUCACGUAGUACCUUCAGAGACGUCACAGAAUCACGUCUUGUUUCCGGUACCAUCUACAGUACGAAGCGGAGUUGUUGUGACUUCGAAACUGGCUUCUAAAGUUGGACGAUGUGGGAAGCCUUCUGAUUCUGCUCAGUGCAGAAGUGGACACGACGAAUGUAAGGUAGAUCCUGAUUGUGGAGGGAUUCAGAAGUGUUGUAACGAUGGUUGCUACAAGAAAUGUUUGUAUCCAGAAGUCACUACAGCUUGUCUACAUCUGCGGACGGCCUUUGAGAGACUUGGGAAGGAUGACACUGUGCGGUGUAAUGAAGGUAAAACUUUGAAAAAUAUUGUCAUACUAUCGAGGACCAAAUACAAAACUUAAGAUAAGCCUUUUGAAUUUAAGCUAAAAUAUAUUAUGAUAAGUUACAGAUGGUUCAUUCAAAACAAUGAAUUGUGAUGAAAAUGGUUGUUACUGUGUGGAUUCUCAUGGUCAAGAAGUUAGUGGAACUCGAGUUGAGGCUGGCACAAAGCCUACUUGUGUAUCACGUAUAUGUCCAGCCAAUGACUGUCUUAAGAGCUGUGCUCAUGGUUAUGUUAAGGACAAAAAUGGGUGUAACACUUGUGAAUGCAUCGAUAUAUGUCGGGUAAGGGUACUGUAACAUUCAUAACUUAAUAUUUCUAAAGUUAAACUACGUUAAUGGAAUGUGAUAGCUCAGUUGCUUUACUAAGUUAAUACUAUAAUGGCAUUAUUUAGGGAAUAAAGUGUCCCAAUGAGUUUGUAUGUGUCAGUGAACCAGUUGAAUGUAUCGGUGAUACAUGUGUUGAUGUACCCAAAUGUGUUCCAAAUGUGUGUUCUACUACUCCGGUAAAAAGUAGACAAUCUGGUAUGGUAGCACGAUGUCAUUCUGACUCUGAAUGUCCUCUUCAAAGCACUUGUCGAACGUUUGGAUUGUUAUCCGGAGUGUGUUGUUCUGGGAAACGUAGGUUAAUAUUGUUACUUAUUGAUUUUUUAUAUAUUUUACAGUGUUUUCUCAUUGUUUUUAAAAUUUUGGAAUUUACGGUGUUAUCAUACUGAAGUUGAAGUUCUCUUUGCAUAUUUAAAUUUAGACAAUCACCAACACCCAGGAGCCUGUCCUAAGCCGUCUUCUCAGAAUCCGAACUGCAAACAAGAAUGCAAAGAUGACGAUGAUUGCGGCACUUCAAAGUGCUGCUACAACGGUUGUGGCACCGAGUGUAUGGCAGUAACACAAACACAGAGUCGUGGUAUGUUUACAAAGGGCUCGGUCUAUUAUUUUAGGUCGGGAAAAGACACUCACUCUUCGGUCUGAAUGUCCUACAGUACAAGAUCUGGGCGUAUUAGUGUGUGGCAGAGAAAGAGAGAACAAGUGUGAUGGAGGUAAGGAUGUCUUGCUAGGGAGAUAGGUUUAAAAGCGUUGGAAAAGAUAUUAAAGAUCUUAAAAAUGGUGCAAAAUGUCUUAAAAAAUGGAAAAAGAAUUCAAAAUUUUUAAAUGAAUUUAUGUUUCAGAUGACAGUUGCUCUUCUGGAUUGUCAUGCUGUUUUGAUGGUUGUGUUAAAAGUUGUGUGAAUCUGUACAGAACAACUCAAUGUCUACAUCAACAAAGUGCCAUACAAGCCUUAAUUCAGUUUGGUAAUGUACAUCUGAAGCUUGUGAGUGUUAUGAUUUUUAUCAGCAAUAUCAAGUACAAUAUGCAUUUUAAGCUAUUGGUUUUUACAUUAUACUUUAAUAACUAUUUUAUAAAAGUUUACUGUAAAUAUACUGUUUUAGCCUUUAUGUGAGCUGAACGGAGCUUUCUCCCAGAUUCAACGGCACGGUGAGCUUCAAUGGUGUGUAACAUCAGAUGGCAAUGAACUUCCAGGUACAAGAUCCAACUCCGGCUCUACUGACUGUACUAGACCUCGAAUCUGUCCGACUACAGUAUGCCCAUUAUCUUGUGAUUUUGGUUACAAACUCGACCGUGAUGGUUGUGAAGUGUGUGAAUGUCACGAUCCAUGUCGCAAUGUAGAAUGUCCUCUACAUCAUGUUUGUCGCUCAGUACGAUCAGAGUGUACGGACUCAGUAAAGUGUGGUUAUGUACCUAAAUGUAUACCUAAUGUGUGUCCUCGAGGUGAUCCGUUGACGAAAGGAAGCGGGUCGAAGCUGUUGGAAUGUAGCGACAAAGAUGGCAAAUGCCCUCCGGGAUGGUCAUGUCAUCACUUUGGGUUCGAGAAGAGGAGUUACUGUUGUGCUGGCAUUGGUGUGUUAUCUAAAAGCGGUUUUUUGAUUAUUAAUUAAGAUAUUUUUGUUUGAUUAUUCAAAUGGCAGUGAUUUUUUUAAAAAUUCUAUUAGUGUUUUAGGUAUGUUUAAUACACGGCAAUGUCCGGACGUUUUCUCAUCGUUCUCGAAGAGCCAGAAGACGAGGAACGUUGAAUGUAAAGGAGAGUGUUCUAGCAAACGGCCGUGUUGUUUCGAUGGUUAUGGUGUGCGAUGUCAAGAAGAUACGAUAGAAAAUGGCAGAAUUAUCAACAAAAAUGAAAGUAUGUUACGAUUUUUUACUGUAGCAAAAGCUUUUUGCUAGUAUAAUUAAAUGAAAAUUAUAAAUCAAUGUUGUUUAGUACAAUAUCGCUUCAGAUUAUUGAAAAAUAAUGUUAAGAUCACCUUACUUUAGGCUCUGUAACAGCAUCAGUAGCCUUGUCCCAAAACCAGCUUGGCUCCUGCCCAGCCAACCGCUUCCACAAUCCCGGCUGUCAGCAAGAAUGCUUCAAAGACAGCGACUGUCCUGACCUCCAAUUGUGUUGUGGAUUUGGCUGUGGUAAAAGAUGUCUCUUCCCCGAUAUUACCCACAACUGUGUACAUCGAAUGGCAGUGUUGGCUGAGGAAAUUAUAAAAUACGCCAGUUUGGGGCCAUUAGUAUCUCGUAUAACAUUCGAUGAGGACCAGUUCACAAAAUGCAGUUCAAAUGGUGAUUUCAAGGAAAUACAGUGCGAUAAAAGGAUACGACAGUGUUGGUGUGUGGAUAAGAUAACUGGCAGUGAAGUUGUGGGUACGAGGAGUCAGGUGGACGCGAGGGGAGAGCCCAAUUGUCAAAGUAGGUUUAUUUUAUGAAAAAGUAGGUACUACUUUGUGCACUUAAACUUUUUUUUGUAUUAAAAGUGACAUUUAAAAGUGUAUUAGUACCUUUUUACUAUUUUUAGAACCACGAAAAUGUUCUACAAAGUGUGACGCCGAAGACUUUGGCUGUGAUCACGGUAUUAGACUGGACAGUUCUGGCUGUCCCUUGAAUCAGAAAUGUGAAUGUCAGAAUCCUUGUGAACAUUUUCACUGUGCCGUUCCGAAUGAAAUUUGUGUUCUGAAAAGGACCAAGUGUCUGAAUCAAGAACAAUGUGUUACACAACCAACUUGUCGACCAUCCACAUGUCCAGGACAUCUGAAUCCGAUGAAAGACUCUUUGGGUAUUGUGAAGAACUGUAGAAGUGAGAAAGACUGUGGCAAAAGAGGAGAGUGCAGAUCCAUGGCUACCACAGACGAUCCAGAAGGUCAUCGUGUGGGAAUCUGUUGUGGAAUGGAGGAGGAUUCUGUAGUCAUUGCUGCGAGACCAAGCUUGCAAUCAGUGUCUAAAGGAGUUUGUCCACCACAAGAUGUUCAGUUGAGAGAAGAUAAGUGUGAACAACACUGCAAUAUUGACCAUGAUUGUGAGGGAAACAAGUUAUGUUGUAGCUAUGGAUGUUCUUCAAGGUGUAUUAGUGGGGUGGCUGCUACACGUAAGUUAUUUAUUGUGGCUAACUUAAUAUUUAUAUUAAAUUAUGUGAUUUUUUAAAACAUUUCUGAUUGAUUUUAAUGGUAACUUGGCAUUGACUUUUCAUAGUAAUUAUUAGUAAAUAGGUCAUUUUAAGGUUGUCACAACUUGUACAACGCGAUUCAGAAGCUUUUAAGUAACAACAUCCGAACCACGCUAUCUUCACCGUUAUGCGAAUCAGAAUCCGGUCGUUUCAUGAAGACACAAUGUGAUGACAAAGGCUAUUGUUGGUGUGUGGACAAAGAGAAUGGCAUAGAAUUAGUGGGUACACGACAGUUUCAGCCUUCUACAGAUGCCUGUAGCGGCCCACGGAGAGAUUGUAUCAUACAAUGUAGCUUGGAUGAAGUUAACAACUGUCCUAUGGGGUUGGAUUUGAAUUCAGAAGGCUGCCCGAAGACUUCACAGUGCAAGUGUUACAAUCCAUGUAACCAAGUCGAAUGUCCAGAAUCAGAGGUUUGUAUUCUGAGACAGAAAGAGUGUGACGAUGAUGUGUGUCUUCCAGUUCCUGUUUGUAAGUUUUGGUACUAUAUUGGUCGAAAAGUAUUUAGAAAAAAUUAAGGGUAGAAAAUAUUGUAAAUGGCAUUUUUAUAAAAUUUUUGACAUUUGUUUGUUUUUUUUUAUUUAGAAGUAUGAUUUGUAACCAUAAAGCUAUAUGUUGUAGGUGAGCCGUCACCAUGCAAAUCGGGCUAUCCCUUGAAAGACGCAUCCACCAACACUCACUUUAGUUGCUUCAACAAUGUAUCUAAACCAUGUCCCCCAAGUUAUCAAUGUUCAGGUCUAGAUAAGCAUAGCAUUGGCGUUUGCUGUCCGGCUUCAGAUCCGACGCUUCUGAAGGCAUUUGGAGACGUUUCUUGCCUUCACGGUACACCGUUCAUAGCCAGAGAACGGCCGACGGUAUGCUCGUUAAAAGAGGCCAGUACGUGUCCGCUAACACAUUAUUGCGUAUCUUCAGACGAACAACACGGAAUCUGUUGUCCGACUAAACGUGAGUUAACGUGAUUUGUCAUUAGGGAAAUAGGGUUAUGGUAAUAUAGGUAAACAAAAACAGUCCUGAUGAUAAGGGUACUCGGAAAAUUGUGUUUUGUACUGAAAAGUUGUAUACACGGAAGUAUUUUGCAAAAAAAUAUAAGUUAUGUAAUGUGCUAGUAUAUCAUACUAAAGCCUUAAAAAUCAACUCAAUAUACUACAUAUUGUGAUAAAGUUAAAUGUAAACCAUCUUUUAAGGUUUUGUGUGUAACUUGGAGCUAGACAUUGGUGGCUGUAACAACCCAACAGAACGGUACUACUUUGAUUCCGACAACCAAGUGUGCAAGAAGUUUGUUUACAGUGGCUGUGAUGGCAACUUGAACAACUUUGAGUCAGAAAAAGAAUGUCGCGACUACUGUAGAGGACUGAGGAUGGACGAAGCUCUGGAUGAUACUGGCAUGCAAUACUAUCAAAUUGGAUUCACUUUUACUGGGCCAUUGAUGCGACAACGACAUACCGAAGACUUCACCAACAAACUUAAAGACUACAUUAGGGACACGUUUAAUGUUGAGGGAGAUGACAUUAGGGAUCUGCUGGUGCAGGAUGACAAUUCUGUUAGGUUCAAUCUGGUGGCACAAGACGCUCAGAAGAAGGCUGAUUUCAUAUCCAAGGCUGUAAGUUGGAUCAAAAAGGGAAAUAUUGUUUGUAUGAUGAGAUGGAAGUUUGGUUGAUUAACAUAGUGCUUUUUCUAUUUGUACUAAUAUAAUAGUAUUUUGGUUUCAGAUUGAGUCAGGCCAACUGUAUUUCCGCUACGGCGAUCAAACUUACCAUGCUGAGCCUACAACGUUGUUUUCUCGACUGGUCGAUUCAAAUAGCUCAAGACUCAAUGGUCCUUUAUAUUGGUGUAAGUUAUAUUUAGUAUAUUUUGGUAUGUUCAAACGUUUAUUUUUUAGGUAUCAAGCUUUUUAAAAUAUUUUAUAUUUGUUUCUUAUUUAUGGAUGUUAUCUAGAAAUUUAAUUUGUUGUUUUAGUACUGUUGAUAUCAUCCGGCAUUGUGUGCCUUAUCAUCAUUUUUACGUUAUUCAUGGCUUGUGUAAGUUUUAACAAAAAUCAUGUUUUUUACUUUUUCUAGCGUCCUAGCCCUGAUUACAUUUUAUCUGGCUUGUAGUAGUGGUACUAGUUUUGUAGUUAUUUGGUACAAGCAUUAGAAAACUUAAAUGUAGCUUUAGUAUGUGAGUAUUAUACUGUUUUGCUUCUGCAGAUGUUUGUGCGAUCCCGAUCGAAGCGUGCGAACAGUGUGAUAAGAGGAUUAUCACCGAGCGAGUACGGCCAAAUUAG